AUGGAAAAAAAAAAAACUACUUUCCACCUCCAGGCUCCACGUGCAUCUCCCCCAGCCCUCCCCUCUCUUCCUCUCCCCCCGGGUCGGGGCCCAGCUCUGGGAUGGGUGGGGGCUGCGGGCCGGCGCGCGGGUGGAGGGAGCUCCGGCGGCGCCCGCACCCUUUGGGUUUAUUUGCAUAAGUCAAAUGGGGGCGGGGGCGGUGGCGACUGCGAGGAGGCCUCCUGGCGCAACUUUCGAUGCCCGGCGUUGGCGUCCGGUGGCCGCCCGGGCGCCGGGCCGGUGCAGGGUCCCGGGUCCUGGCCGCAGCGGGAGGGGGCGCGCGCCGGGCGCCUCCUAGGCCCAAAGUUUAGACUUGGAGCAAACUUUUCCCCUUCCUUCUCCGCGGGUGUGUGCCCCCUCGGUGCCCUUGAGCUGCCCCACGGGCCCCAGCAGACUGUGGCGCCUGGCCCUGGGCCCCGCACUGGGGAACUUCCCCGCUGCCACGCGCGCGUUACCCCGAGAGUCAGUGGCGAGGAAGCUCUCCCGCCACCCCCUCGGAGCCCGGAAAAUUCAAACACGCACCUGCGCACCCCCAGCCAGACACGCAACCCUUCGCGCGCUCGGCCUCCGCUUUCCCGAGACGAGUCCGCAACAGCCGUGGCCAGAUCCACGGAACCCGAAAGUUUGCAAGAGGAAGAAAGCGCGCGGCGAGCGAGCGAGCGGGCCGGGGGCAGCGGCAGCCGCGCCGGGGACCAUGGUGCUGCCGGCGCCUCCUCCGCGGGAGUGAAGGCGGCGCUCCUACUCCCUCCCCGGACUCCGCGGAUGAAAGCUCAAGCAACAAGCCAGCGCUUGCCUCCAUUAGUGGAUCUGGGUAGUCCUUGCAGGAGAAAUCACCAUCAACAAAUCAUCGUCUGUUUAGAGUGGGCUGCAGAGGCUAGGCAACUCCCUGACUUCACUGUCCAGGAGCCUCUUAGAAAUGAGCAAGGAGUGGCACUGGUGCUAGUGCCAUUCAGCGAGGCAUUGGAGGUGCGCUUUGCUGCGUUGUGGUAACUGAUGAACAGCAUCUCGGUGGUUGGGUAUCUUGCACCAAGGCUAGAAGGUUAACUUUCAUUAAGCUUUAUUCAACCCUGCAUCAUAGAAGUGGUGGGUAUGUGUUUGUGCAUCUCUGUGUGUGUAUGAAUGAUAUGGCCAGAGGCUCAACUGUUCCAUCAUCAAAAAGUUUCUUACAGGGACCUUAUGAAGAACCACAUGGAAUUUGUAACUUGAUCACAAAAUUUGGACCAUUAAAGACCUGAAAAUAGCUCUUCGGUUUUGUAGGUCACACCUUUCUCUAAGCUCAGUUAAUGAGCAAAUCUUUAUUCUUUACAAGAUUAGCCAGGUGUAUUUGGUGAAUGUUAACUUUAGCCUUGGCUGCUUAGCCCUGCUGCUAAUGAGGCCAAAGUGGGAAUUCCUGCCUCUUGUGGACCAGUUACCUUCACUCUCUUUCCUGGCCACCGACAACUAACUCUCGCCAGCUGGCUCGUCAAUGUCUGCAGUUGGAUGUUGGAGUGUGGGGAGGUGGGGGAAGGUGUUGUAUGGAUUAGUGCAAAUCCAUGACCCCUCCUGGGGAAAAGCCACACACACAUACUCCACUGAACACGGGUCAAGUGCAUUGUCUCCACUUUUGAAAGGGAAUAGAGUUGAUUAAGGUUAACUGGAAAAUGCUGAUGUUGGCUAGAAUUUUGGACUUUUGCCAGGAUAUAUGCAACAUUUAAAGUGAUUUCUGGAAACGUGUGCCCAUGGUUUGCUGGUAGAAGAGCUUAAGAUGAAUAAAACAGUGAAAACCAAGGAGAGUGUGAUUACUUUUAAAUAUGCAGCAACAAAAGGGACAUGGCAAUAGCUUAAAAAUCUGUUUUCUAGGAAUGUAAUAUUUUCCAAAAUCUUAAGCUGGCUUACAUCAUAUUUGGGUUUUAGGUUCUUCAGACUUUUACUCUUGGUUCCUACCUAUUGCCAAAACGAGAUAUAUAGGUUAAAUUUAUAUUAUAGCUAUUUAUUAUGGAAUUGCACAUUAAAUAGAAAUCUUGCAGUUACUGAAAACUUUUAGGAUUUUAAACUAACAUUGAGGAGCAUGUAAUGUUCUAGAAGAUAAAUAUUUGCAUAAGGCCGUUCAGUCCUUCAACAUGUGUAUUUUUAAAAACAAACAAAACCCCAUCAAUAUUUACCCUAAGUGUAAUUUGCAAAGUAAAAUGAGAGUAAUUUUGAAAUCUUGUGUAACUCUGAUUCAUUUAUUUUCAUAGGAUGGAUUUACAUUUUGGAAUGAUAAAUGUGCAAUAAAGAGCUAUUAGGAAAACCAUUAUUUCUUUUAGAUUUGGGAAAUUCUGACACUGCUUUGUUACAUAUCACUAUUUCCCAAAGAAAAGAAAAUUAGGCCUGGGCAAACUGUGACUUACCCAAGGUCACUUACUCAGCUAGAAAGUGGCUGAGCUUUGGUGAAAACCAAUCCUCCUGUCCCUCAGACCAGUGGUAUUUCCAUGACAGCAGGCCCAUUUUUUUUCAGGGAGCGUAUGCGCGCAUGUACUUGUGUAAAUAAAAUGGUUAUUUUUAAUAAAAAAAAUUAUUUUACCACCCAUGGUCUUGGGUAAAAUCGCUAUUUUGCUUCCUUUUAACAAACUGCAAGCGUGGUGACUUGGAAAUAUCAUUUUCUUUCUCAUCCUUUCAAGAAGCAAAUUCAGCCUAUUGCUUUACGGUCUUAACGUUUUUUUAUGUCUCCAGAUACAGAAUUGACUUUGUCUUUUCUUUGCCUUGUAAGCUGUUUAGAGCAAGGUGAGAUUACAAUCAUAAGCUGAAUUAUCUUUCUUGACUACCCUCAUUGCCUCGAAAAGAACUAUUAUCCAAGUUCACUUAAUCAUAUGGUAACUUACAACAGUUGUGAUUUGUAAAAUACGUGACGAUUUGGUCUUGUCUCCUUUGUCUCUCUUACCUCUUUGUGAUCGUAUUCUGCUUAUUUUAAUGCAUGACCAGCCAACUGUGUUAUUUUUCAGAAAGGCCACCCCACAUAUAAAAUGGAGUGGUCUUUAAAUGUCUUGGGCUUUGA